AUGCGGUGCAGUGAUCGCGGCUUGGCUGCUGUGCAGUCGGCACAAGCAGUACGAGCACCACAGGGAGGAAUCGCUGGGCGUGUGGUGCAAGGAGCGCGCCCUCAUGCUGCAGCAGCUCGUGCUGGCCCACGCGGUGCAGAUGCAGGUAAGAUUGGACUGCUCACACGCAGUCUGGAUUGGUAUCAGCGUUCUUACCUGCAGCAGCAUGGGAGCUGCCCUUUACUCUCCUCCUGCCCUUCCGCCCUCAUGCUGCAGCAGCUCGUGCUUACACAUGCGGGGCAGAUGCAGACUCUGGCAGGGCUGAUUUCGGUGAUGGGAACGCCAGGGCGGGCGAGCAAGUGGGACAUGGGCGGGUGUUUGAACGGCAGCAUGUGGGUGUCUUAUCUCACUCGCACCGCACAAACUCGCCCCGGAAACACGGGUGCGGUUGCGUGUGCGGUGGUGCACGAUGCAGAGAGUGAGGUGAGAGGGGAGGGAGGACUGAGACUUCUCAUCGUUAAUGCGGUUACUGUGCGGUUGUGUGGGAUGCAUGAGGUGAGAGGGGAGGGAGGUAGGAAUGGUGGAGUGGUGCGUAGAAGGGGGGGGGAUCGAGCUUGCAGAGCGACUUCCGAGCGGCAGUAUGGAAGCAUCAGAGACAACACUCUGAACGUCAGCGCCCGCCGCCCCAUGUACUGCCCCAAGAGUCUUGAGCUCACAACGCUCUUUGCCGCCCCCCCCCUUCCCAUCCUCCCCUCCCCCUACUUCCACCCACAUUGCUGCAGGGCGGACUUUGAGAAGCAGUACGGCAGCAUCAGAGACAACACUCUGAUCGUCAGCGCCCGCCGCCCCAUCUACUGCGCCAAGGUCCUCGAGCUCACCACGCUAUGGGCCACCAACGGCCCCAGCAACAUCGACAUGUUUCAGCGAUUCUCCUGGGCCAUCCCGCUCGUGGAGGCGGGAAAACACUUCUAUACCUGGCCCUACCCCCUCGCCAACCCCCUCACCCAUGCCGGAUUCGGUAUCGUGGUUCCUAUCCUCCGCAGCCCCCCCACUAACAACUCGAAAAAGUCAACAGCAGAGGCAGGAGCAGUGUACGGGUCACUCGCUGCAUCUGUUGACGUGACAUACAUUGCACAGAAAGUCCUAGAAGAGCUGUACGCGCCUGACCCAUCCAAGUCCUUUGAGCUAUACGACAUCACCGACCCAGCCUCCCUCUUCGCCAUCGUCUCUCCAGUCCCUCCCCACGCCUACUUCCGCCCAGACGACAAGCUCCCCUACAUGCACCCCUCCCCAGAGUCCGAAACCCGCCCCUGGGAGCGUCGAGCUGUGGUGCCUUUGGAGGAGAUGGGAGCCGGCGUGAGGAAGUACGAGGUCUGGUGCCGGCACACACAACCUCCGAACACAUGGCAGCAGUGGGGCAUCCCCAUCCUCAUCGCCCUCUUCGCCCUCCUCCUCGUGGUGCUCGUGCUGGCGGCCGCAUGCCUGCAGCGGAGCAAGUUCCUGCAGACCCAGCAGCAGACGGCAGAGGCGGAUAGGCUGAGACGGGAGGCAGAUGAAGCAGAGGCGUCAAAGAGCAUGUUUGUGGCGUGCAUGUCCCAUGAGCUGCGGACGCCCAUGACGCCACCAGGCAUGAUUGACGCUCUGGCAGACGUGGGCCUACCUAACUCAUCCCAUCUCGCCGACCUGCUAAUGGCCAGGGCAUCAGCAAGAGAUGCACUGCAUCUGGUCAACUGCAUGCUCGAUGCUCUGGCAGACAUGGGCCUGAACGCCUCUCAGCUAGCAGACCUGCUAAUGGCCGGGGCAUCGGCCAAGGAUGCACUGCAUCUGGUCAACCGCGUGUUGGACCUGGCGAAGCUGGAGGCAGGCAAGGCGGUGGUGGAUGAGACGGUGAUUGAUGUGAGGGAGUGGCUCCGUGCUGCUUUGGACUGGCACGCGGAUGCAGCGAGUUCCAAAGGCAUUGAAUUGAGCGCCAUUGUGGGAGACGAGUGCCCCACGAAUGUCAUUGUGGACCCCAUGCAUCUCGGAAGCAUGGUCAAGGAGAUCACAGGUGCGCUCGCGGUUGAGAGUGGUGAUGUGCGGUGGUGGGAUGAUAUGUCGCGUCUGAACUCCAUGCAUCUCGGCACUAUGGGCAAGGAGGCCACAGCUUUCCCUUCCCCACCUCUCCACCCGCACUGCCUCCACCUCUCCACCCGCACUCACUUCUCCGCUCCACGGUUCUCCGUAUAUCCCAGGCCCUUCAUUUUCGCGGCCCUCAAAGCCCGUCUUUCUCCCUCCACGCUUCCCUCGUCCACACCAGGCCUUUCCUCACCACGAGCGCCCACUGCUGCCACUGCCCAUGGGCUCUCCGCCUGGCUUUGUUCUACCUGGCGCUGGUUGCUCGAGGUGGUGAGGGGAGAGCCAGCGGCAUCAGCAGGAACAGCAGGCAGUGCCUGGGGGGAGGGCGGGCAUGAGAGGAAGCAUGGGAGUCAAGAGAGGAGACCCACUCCAAAAGCAGGCAGGGGGCGUGGGAGAGGGCAUGGGAGUGGACAAGAGAGGGGUGGAGAGCGGUGCAUGCUGGUGCUGUCGUGUCAAGACUCGGGCUGCGGCCUUCCAGCGUCUCUCCACACUGCGAGCGGCACUCAAGGGCCGUCCUACUUCUCCCUCCUCGUGAGCUUUCUACUUCUCUUUCCGACUCAACUCCAUGACUCCAUGUUGAGACUUGAUCUGCGGCUACCCUCCCGUACCCUCCCCUCCCCUCCCCUCCCCUCCCCUCCCCUCCCCUCCUCUUUCCUCCUCUCCCUUCCUCUCCCUUCUCCUCCCCUCCCCUCCCCUUCUUUCCACGCCCCUCCCUUUGCAUGCUCUUCCUUCCCCUUUCCUCCUUUUCCCUCCCCUCCCCUUCCCUCCCCUUCCCCCCUCGUUUCCCUCGCUCACUCGUCUUCUCUCAUGAAUUUGAACAAGAACACCACCAUGUCUCACACGCCCAUGUCUCACACGCCCAUGUCUCACACGCCCAUGUCUCACACGAUCAUCUCUCAUCCGCCCAUGUCUCACACGCCCAUGUCUCACACGAUCAUCUCUCAUCCGCCCAUGUCUCACACGCCCAUGUCUCACACGAUCAUCUCUCACACGCCCAUGUCUCACACGCCCAUCUCUCACACUCCCAUCCCUCUCACGCCUGGUCGCCAACAUUUUCGUUCUCACUCACUUGUCACCUCGCUGAUUCCAUCUCUGCUGUAUUUACGCACCCAGGAAUCACGGGAGCAAAGAGAAGCAAGGAGUGGGUCAGGGGCAGCACUGGGGCUUGUGUUGGUGCAUCAAACGGUGGCUCUAUUGAAGGGAGAGCUCGCCUUUGACUCACAGCCCGGGUGUGGAAGCACAGUUGCUUUCUCUGUGCCUGUAGCCAUGCCCUCGUUACAAGAACACUGUCCAGAGCAAGCGCAGUCAAGCAACCAGGAACCACAGCAGCAGCAAGAGAAGGAUCAACCACGAGGGGAAGCCGUAUGGCAUGGUGAAGGGCAAAUGGGCGGGUCAGGAGAAUUUUCAGGUGCCUGCAGCAGUGGCCAUGAGCAUGACACGGAGUCAGGAGAUUAUUCAGGUGCCAGCAGCAGAUGGCUGCUGAUGCACAGCCAGGGGAGUGAUCAGGUGACUCCACAAAACCAAGACCAGCAGCAGAACCAGCAAGAGCAGCAGCAGCAGCAGCAGCAGCAGCAGCAGCAGCAGAAGCAAGAGCAGCAGAACCAACAACAGCAGCAGCAGAACCAGCAAGAGCAGCAGCAGGACCAGCAGAAGCAGCAAGGACAGCAGCAGCAGCAGGGAGUGAGAUCCUUUCAGCGAGGCCGGAGCGAGGGCGAGAAAUCAAGUGUGUGCACAAGUGCGCGUGGGGGUGGGAGUGUGAGUGCAAGGUGUGAGCGAUCUAUCUCCCUGUGCGCAUCUGGAACCACCACCGUUGCUACCGCUGGCAUGGCCAUGCGUGCAGGCAUAGGUGUUGGUGCUGGUGCAGGUAAUCGUGCUGGUAGUGCUCGUCUUGGUGGUGCGGCGGAUGAGGCGGUGACGCGGGCGUGGGUGGAGGGGCUGCGAGUGCUGGUGGUGGACGACACGCCCGUCAACCUCCUCGUGGCCCGCCGCUCCCUCGCCCGCUGGGGCGCCCAAGUCACCACCGCCUCUCGUGGGGAGCAAGCGCUAGACUUGAUCACUGCUGGGGUGGCAGAGGGGAGAGGGCAGGAGGAGGGGAGAGGCGAACGUGCUGUCGGGGAGGUGGCAGGUGAAGAGCAUGGGGCGAGAGGAGAGCAGGAGGCAAGAGGGCAGGAGGAGGCGCGUGCAUCAUUGCAGCAUGGCUUCGACUUGGUUCUCAUGGACCUGCAGAUGCCGGGCAUGGACGGCUUCGCAGCAGCAGCAGCCAUACGAGCCCUUGAAAGGAGAGUGGAGUUUGAAUCAAUUUCACGGGCACAGCAAUCGCAGCAGCAGAGGCCGCAGCACACCCCUUCUGAUCUGCCCGUCCCACCCCUAGAAUCUGCGAACCCUGCUGCUGCUGCUGGUGCUGCUGCAACUGCUAAUGUUGCUGCUGCUGCUGCUGCUGGAGUUGCUGCUGCUUCUCCUGGUGGUGCCCAGCCCGUGUCUCUGCGGGUGCCCAUAGUGGCUCUGACGGCAGACGUGGAUCGCGGAGUGGUGCAGAGGUGUGCAGAGGGGGGGUUUGACGGUGUGCUGCAGAAGCCAGUGGAUGCCCACCUGCUCGCCGCCCACCUCUCCCACAUGCACACCCAAAGCGCACUCCUGCGGGCUGUGUCACAGCCCACUGUUGGUCCAGCUAUGAACAGAUAUGACAGCUGCAGCAGCCAGUGA